UCUCCAUUUCUCAAAGGCUUAGCAAUGGCAAGUCUUGGUGGCAUUCUCGUGAUAUACAUAAUCUCCACUGUCCUCUUUGGCCAUUUCACUUACGUGGUACAAGGAAGAUAUCAUUACCACAAGAGUCGUCGUGGCCUCACGCAUCCUCUUCCUCCUCCUCCUUCUCCUUCUCCUCCUCCUCCACCACCACCUCUUGAAUCAGCUAACCCACCUGAUAUAGUCCCCUCUGACCCGUACCCGAAUCCUAACCCAAACCCGGCUCCGGGAGAUUCUGACACAGGGUGCAUCUUCGACGUUACGUCCUAUGGAGCAGUUGGUGAUGGUUCUUGCGACGAUACUGCAGCGUUUCGAGAUGCUUGGAAAGCCGCUUGUGCCGUAGAAUCCGGCGUCGUUUUGGCACCUGAAGGCGGCGUUUUUAAAAUCACUUCCACUAUUUUCUCCGGUCCAUGUCAACCGGGACUCGUAUUUCAGUUGGACGGAGUCUUGAUGCCACCGGACGGACCAGAAGAAUGGCCAGAGAAAGACAGUAAAAACCAGUGGUUGGUUUUUUACCGUCUCGACAGUAUCACGUUUGCCGGUAAAGGUACCGUCGAAGGCAACGGUCAAAAAUGGUGGGAUCUACCUUGCAAACCUCACAGGGGUCCAAACGGAUCAUCGUCGUCAGGACCAUGUGAAAGCCCGACGAUGAUACGGUUUUUCAUGAGCAAUAACAUUGAGGUGAAAGGAUUAAGAAUCCAAAACAGUCCACAGUUUCAUAUGAAAUUCGACGGAUGUCAAGGAGUUCUGAUAAACGAAAUACAAAUAUCGUCACCGAAGCUAAGUCCGAACACGGAUGGUAUACAUCUCGGGAACACGAGAUCAGUUGGUAUUUACAACUCUGUCGUUAGCAACGGAGAUGAUUGUAUAUCGAUAGGAACUGGCUGCUCAGAUGUUGACAUUCAAGGUGUCACUUGUGGGCCGAGUCACGGGAUCAGCAUUGGGAGCUUAGGAGUGCACAAUUCACAAGCCUGCGUUUCAAACAUAACAGUACGAAACACAGCGAUCCGCGAUUCCGACAACGGUCUCCGAGUCAAAACAUGGCAAGGCGGAACCGGAUCAGUCUCGAAUCUCCUCUUCGAAAACAUCCAAAUGGAGAACGUACUCAACUGCAUAAUCGUAGACCAAUACUACUGCCAAUCAAAAGAGUGCCGUAACGAGACAUCCGCGGUUCGAGUCUUCGACGUCGAGUACCGUAACAUCAAAGGCACUUACGACGUCAGAAGCCCGCCGAUACAUUUCGCGUGUAGCGACACCGUUGCUUGCACGAACAUAACGAUGUCGGAGGUUGAGCUUUUGCCUGAGGAAGGUGAGCUUGUUGAUGAUCCGUUUUGUUGGAAUGCUUAUGGGACGCAGGAGACGUUGACCAUCCCGCCGAUUGAUUGUUUGCUUGAUGGAUCUCCGGUGGUGGAGGAAGCUUAUGAUUCGAGUUAUGGUUGUUAGUGUGCCACGUGGUUUGUUAAGGUUUUUUAGUUGUAUAUUGGGCCAUCCCUUGUAGGGCCUUUUAGUGGAAGCCUUAUUUGUGCGAUGAGAUUUUUAUGGGUUUUUAGAUGAUGUUGUCUUUAUUGGGCUUUUUA